ACAACUAACAAACGAAAUUAACAAAUUAUUUGAUUUUAGCUUCCGAACAGUAGAGACAAGGGCUAGAAUUCCAAAUACAUACUAAACAUGAGGGCUAUAUAUAUACUGGCAUUUCUACUCUUGGCCUUGCUUUGUGUUCAGGCCAGUGGCAAGAGCAUGGGAGAUAAAUCCAAAGAACCCAAAAAUGAUAUGAUGAUGAAGCCAGAGGAUGCUGAUGCUGAAGAGGAUGAGGAUAUGAUGGAACAGCCAUCAACCACAACUAAAAAACCAAAGAAAUCUAAAUCCACAACCACCACAACCACUGAAGCCCCGAAUGAGGAUGAAGAAAGCGAUGAUGAAGAUGAAAAAGAAGAUGAGAAAAUGCCAUCAUCGACCACCACCAAAGAACCAAAGAAGACUACAACAACCACCACCACCACAACACCUAAGCCCAAAAAGAAGACCACCACAACCAAAAAACCCAAGGAUGAGAAUACAGCUGCCGAAGAGAAAGACGAUGGUGAAGAAGAAAACACCGAUGAUGAUGACGAUGAAGAGGAAGAUGAUGAGGAAGAAGAUCCCAUGGAUAUGAUGUCCAGCACCACAACUACCACCAAAAAACCUAAAAACUCCAAAGCAACUACCACUGCCAAACCUGACGAAAAGAAAAACAAGGAUGACUCCAGCACCACCACCACCACUACAACACCCAAGCCAGAUCAAACUGAAGAGGAUAUCAAAACGGUUUUGGAACAAUGUAAAAAAUUGAGAGCUAAAAAGAAGAAAAGCUCCGAAGAGGACAGUUCCGAGGAGAAGAAACGUCGUGGUGUCAGACCAAAAAAAUUGAAAAAACUCUGCAAAGAAUUGGAACGUAAAACGGCCGAAAAAGAUGAGCAGAAAAUAAAGGAUGCCAUUGCUAGGUUGGCUGGCGAUGACAAAGACUCUGCACCACCCAUGUUGUCAGAUGUCAUUAAACGUUUGGAAGAACGUUUGCGUGGCCAUGGCGGACGUCGCCACCAUCACCGUCAUCAUUAGAUGGGAUUGCGUUGUAUUUAAGUUAAUUGCGUUUUAUGUGAUUUUAAAAUAAUUAUAUUUAAAUAUAAAUGGUUGUGAGGCUCUAUUAAAUUUUCAAACUCAAAUAUUGAGUAUCUGUAUUCGGCAGGAAUAUUGUACUCAAAAUUAGAUACUAGAUUAAAAUAAAUACGUAUGC